AUGUUUCGGGCAUCGCUCCGGUCUGUAGCAGACCCCAUUCGCGAUCAUGUCUGCCUCUCUUGUCUAGCUCGUCGAUUUGCGGCGCCAACCAACUUGCGCCAGUUCCACCGAACACCUGCAUUGCGCACUCAAUUUGACAAAGAGAAACAUGGGGAAGAAUCUAUCAGUGAAUCCACGCUUUUGUCAUCGAACGCGCACCCGCAGUCGAGUUUACCCAGCACCCAUAUUCCGGAGUCGAGCAAUGGCGUUCAAGAUGAUCAGAUCUCAGAUUUGCCUUCAAGCGAUAAAGUCGAGGCUGAAAUCAUUGCGAAGAAAGCCCAGCAAGCCGCACGACAACGAGAGAAGCGACGUUUGAGGUUACUGGAGAGGGCGCAAAAACAAAACGACUCGGCAACUACAUCGGAACAAAAAGGACGUCAUUCGAAAAAGGAGAAGAAAGACAAUCCCGUUCUGACCAAGGUCGCUCAGAUUAUGAGCGAAGCUUCUCCAGGUUCCAAGGAGAAAGCGCCCAAGAAACAAAAGGGAAAACUUUCCCAUGUCGCAAACUUUAUAAAUGAGAAGCACACUGGUAUGAUCGAUUUGACGAACCAAAAAUUGAAAGCAUUGGAUGUCCCCAUAGCGCCUGUUCCUCGACUAUCAUUUGGCCUCGACCGUGUGCUGUUCAAUCCCGGUGUUUAUCAACUACGUGAUCCGCGGUCUCGAGUGUACAAUUUCGAUCCCUAUCUUGGCCAGAUCAUGCCAGUCACCGAAUUUGAUUUCAAUACCCUCAAAGAUUACAUUACCUCGUCUAAAGAUGAAACCCUGCGCAACAUCGCCGUCCAAGAAAAGAAGAAAUAUGUGGGAUCAUCUUCAAGCAUGACUUCCGUUCUUUCACAAUUUCACUAUCUUCUAUCGUCAUGGAGAGGCAUUGAUGCUCGAACCCUAUCCCAAGGCUUCCCGGAUAAACUGCGCACUUUUACUCGUCUCCUUCGAUCUCCAGCUGCCAUGUUCCUGCACUACCAGGACGGCGUUUAUGCCAUUGACGCGGAUAAGGAAUUCGACUCCGCCAACAUUUUGAUGAACCUUGGAAAGUCCAUGGAAAAAUUGCUCACAAUGCCGAAGGAAGACUUUGAACGUUACCGCAGAUCGAGUGAGAACAAAAUCUCGGCUGAGGAGGAGCAAGCAAUUCCUGAAUCCUAUCACUACUCUACCUUUGGUGAUUUCAUCAUGCGAUCCCAGUUGGAUGCAUACGAUCCUCGUCUGCCUGGAACCGGUAUGUUUGAUUUGAAGACUCGAGCUGUUGUGUCGAUCCGUAUGGAUGCAAAGAACUUCGAGCAUGGUCUUGGUUACGAAAUCAAACACCGCUUCGGCGCAUUCGAAUCGUUCGAACGGGAAUACUACGAUAUGAUCCGAGCGGCAUUCUUGAAGUAUUCUCUUCAGGUUCGUGUUGGUCGCAUGGACGGAAUCUUCGUGGCAUUUCACAAUGUCGAGCGCAUUUUUGGCUUCCAGUAUGUCAGUUUGCCGGAGAUGGACCAGGCUCUUCAUGGAUCGUCCGAUACCGCCCUGGGAGAUCAUGAAUUCCAAUUGAGUCUGGGGCUAUGGAAUGAAAUCCUGAACAAGGCGACAGCCAAAUAUCCUAAGCAAUCUUUACGAUUCCACUUCGAGACACGCGAUGCGGUGACACCCUUCAUGUACAUUUUUGUCGAGCCCGUCACCGAUGCGGAUAUCAAAGCCAUCCAAACAAAGAACAAGGCCGAGAUUGAUGCCUACCAGCAACGCAUUCUUAAUCUCACCCCGAGCGAAGAUGAUAGUGAUCUUGACAUUCCUGAGACUGAGGCAAUUCAAGAGACUGAAACAAUUCAAAGUCAAGUCUCCGAAAUCUCCUCUGAUGCCGAUGAAAAUGGAGCGAAUGGUGAGCUUCUUGCUAUGGUGUUGACCGCCCGGAACAAGAUCAACGGCGAGUACGUGGAGCGGCCCAUGGAUUUCAAGAACAAUGAUACAUGGAAUGUCGAAUACGAAAUUAGCGACCUGGCACCUAAACAGGGACACGUCUUGUACAAAAUGUGCAAGAAGCGUCGACAGACAAGUCUACUUGGCCGUGGCGAGGACGAGCUUGAAGUCGCUAAUAACGUGUAUAUCCGCCGCCUGCGACAGAUCAGCAAGCAAGGUCGCAAGCACCGUGAACGCGAGAACAAGCUUGAUGCAGAGCAAGGUGUUGUUGUCCUGGAUGGCGAAGUCAACUGA